AUGCAGCGGGCACGCUCGACCGAUCGGCCGUCCGCGCUGUCCUUCCUGCCGCCACCCUCCGUCUCCUCUUCGUCCACCUCAUCGCGGUUCGACGACGACCUUCUCUCCAAACGCUCUCCACGCUCUUCCUCCUCCUCUCUUCCCUUCAUGAUGUCAUCAUCAUCUUCUUCUUCCUCUUCAUCAUCAUUGUCUUCAUCUGCCACCACCUUCUUCUCGAGCCUGUUUCCUUCUUCUUCAUCACCCGUGUCAUCAUCUUCAUCAUCGUCUUCUUCUUUGUCGACAGCGGCAACUGCGUUUGUGCUUCUGCUGCCGCCGCAGCUGCGGCGUCGACCGCUGCUCCUGCUGCUGGUCACAAUGCUGGUCGCCUUCUCGCUCAUCGCGCUCAUGCGCCUGCCCGGCGGCCCCGCGGCCUCUGCCGAGUCAGCCGCCACCUUAACUUCUCUUCCCUCCGGCGCUGCCCACGACGCCGCCGUGGACUUGUCGCGGCCCAGGCGGCCAGGCUCGGGCGACUCUCAGCAGGAGCGCGCGCAGGGAGGUCGGGCCGAGGUCGGCGGCGGCGGCGGCGGCGGCGACCACGUCAGCCGGAGCCCGCUGGUGAAGCUGCUCGACGACCUGCGACCAGAGGAGCUGCAGACACAUCUGGAAUAUCUGAGCGACGACCUGAUGGAGGGCAGAGGCACAGGCACCCGAGGGGAGAUGAAACUCAUCGGACUCUUCACUACUAAGUCGGCGUCGACGUCGCCAUCGCUCAAGGACUACAUUGUUGACGUGCCCCUCGUGGGCAUCUCCACGACCGAGAGCCGCAGGGCCGCCGCCGACGCCGAUCGGCCGCGGCCGCCGCUGACCUUCACCCGCCUUCACGAAGCGUCGACACAGACAACAACAACUGUCGACACACGAGGCACCGCCACCGCGGACAACUCGCAGCCGUGCCAAACCGACGAAUCGGAAGAGGCGGGCGCCGACCCGGCCAAUCAGCAAUGCGGCACCGGUGGUGAUGGCGAUGAUGAAGAAGACGACAGCAGCGGCAAUCGUGCUGACGGUGCCGACGCGGAGCGAAGUGGUGGUGUCGACGAAGGCGAAGGCGCGGAUCGGGUCGAGCUGCGGCUGUGGGACGACUUUGUGGUCACGGCCGACUACCAGGCCAUCCGGGAGGCCAUGGCCGACGGCGACACCAACGAAGCGGCGGCGACCGGAAGUGCGACGGGCGAGACGGAAUGGCGCGUGACGGCCGACGAGCUGGUCUUCCUCGGGUUCGGCAUUCACGCCGAGCAGUGGUCAAGGAACGACUACCGAGACGCGGACGGCGGGGAGGUGGAUAUCCGGGGCAAGCUGGUGGUGUGCUUCGUCAACGAGCCCCAGCCGACGGAAGACCAGCCCGACCUCUUCGAGGGCAGCAAGCUCACCUACUACGGACGAUGGACGUACAAGGUGGAGGAGGUGCGACGAAGAGGCGCACGAGGCAUCUUCCUCAUCUACACGCCCGACACGGCCGGCUAUCCCUUCACGGUGAUCUCCAACAACCGGGAGCCGCUGCAGGUGCCGGCCAAGCGAUUCAACGUCGGACUGGAGGUGGUGGCCUGGCUCACCGAGGAGUCCGCUGCGAGUCUCGCCCGCCUCUGCGGUAGCACUCUCGCCGAGUGGUACGAUGCAGCGGUGUCUCCCGACUUCGUGGCGCGUCGACUCCCCGUGGCGACGUCGCUCGACGUGGUGUUGGGCGUGCGCAGCUUCAAGGCCAAGAACGUGGCGGGCCUGCUACCGGGCGAGACCAGCGAGUGCAUCCUCAUCACCGCUCAUCACGAUCACUUGGGCAUGGGACCACCGGGCGACAGCGACCAGGACCGUAUCUACAAUGGAGCGGUCGACAAUGCAAGCGGGGUGUCAAUGAUGCUGACGCUGGCGCGUGCCCUCGCACAGCACCGGGGCACCUUGAAGCGAUCUUUCCUCUUUGUGAGCCUCACCGGCGAAGAGGCCGGCCUCAUCGGCGCUCAGGCAUACGUGGCCAACCCACCGGUGCCGCUCACGCGUACCCUGGCCAACAUCAAUUUUGAUAUGCUCAACCUGGACGGCCUGACGCUGGACAUCGUCGGUCUGGGCAGCGACGAAACCAAACUUGGCCGCAUGUUCACCGCCGCCGCGCACGCCGAGGGUAUGAGCGUGAGCGGCGACCCGAACCCGGGCCAGGGCAGUUUCAUUCGGUCGGACUCGUGGGUGUUCCACAAGGCCGGCAUUCCCUCCAUCUACCCGUGGACCGGCAAACACUUUGUCGGCCGCCCGUCCGACUACGCCGCCACCCGCAAGGCGUGGUACGUGAAGACCAAGUACCACGGACCCGGCGACGAGUACGACCCGCGGUGGUCGCUGGCCGGCGCGCUCCAGCAGGGCCGCGUGGCUCUCCGCCUGGCCUACGCCCUCGCCACCUCGACCCGCCCGCUCAACGUCGACGCCGACGAGCUUAUCAACCUCGGCAACCUCGCCUCCGCUGUACCCCCACCCCCCCUUGUGCCCUCUCCUUUCUUUUCUCUUAAUUAA